AUGGCUGAUGCUAAGACUAUUGUUCUUGAGAACACUGCUCGUAGAGAUGUUCUUAUUGAUAUAGAAAAAAAAUACCAAAAGAUCUGGGCGGAUGAAAAGAUCUUUGAACUAGAUGCUCCUUCUUUAGAAGAAGAAACUGUUGAUAUUGACAUUGAUGAAUUACACGCCAAGUACCCAAAAUUCAUGAGUUCAAUGGCUUACCCAUAUAUGAAUGGUGUUUUACAUGCUGGUCACUGUUUUACUUUGUCCAAGGUUGAAUUCAGCGUUGGUUUUGAACGUAUGCGUGGUAAAAGAGCUUUAUUCCCAUUAGGUUUCCAUUGUACUGGUAUGCCAAUUGCUGCUUGUGCUGAUAAAUUAGCUCGUGAAGCUGAACAAUUUGGUGAUGAUUACACUGGAGCUCCACCUGCAGAAGAAGAAGAAGAAGAAGUUGCUGCUCCAAAGCCUCAAGCUAAAUCUGAAGAUGUCUCUAAAUUCAAAGCUAAAAAAUCUAAAGCUGCCGCUAAACAAGGUCGUGGUAAAUUUCAAUUCGAGAUUAUGUUGCAAUUAGGUAUAAAAAGAGAAGACGUUGUCAAAUUCGCUGAUGCAAACUAUUGGUUAGAAUAUUUCCCACCUUUAUGUAAAAAAGAUUGUGACAGUUUUGGUGCUCGUAUUGAUUGGCGUCGUUCCAUGAUCACCACUGAUGUUAACCCAUACUAUGAUCAAUUUGUCAAAUGGCAAAUUACUAGGUUAAAAGAUAUUGGUAGAAUAAAGUUUGGUGAAAGAUACACUAUCUACUCUGAAAAAGAUGGUCAAGCAUGUAUGGAUCACGAUAGACAAUCUGGUGAAGGUGUUACUCCACAAGAAUACACCGGUAUUAAAAUUGAAGUCACCGAAUUUGCUGACCCAUCGGUUGCUGAAAACUUGGACAAGUCUAAAAAGGUUUAUUUGAUUGCUGCUACUUUACGUCCAGAGACUAUGUAUGGUCAAACUUGUUGUUUUGUUUCACCAAAAAUUGAUUAUGGUAUCUUUGAUAAUGGUGAUUAUUACUUCAUUACCACUGAACGUGCUUAUAAAAACAUGUCAUACCAAAAAUUAACUCCAAAACGUGGUGAUUACGCUUCUGUUGCUGUCGUUAAUGGUUCCAAAUUAAUCGGUUCUAAAAUUUCAGCCCCAUUAUCGAUCCAUAAAGAAUUAAGAGUUUUACCUAUGGAAACCGUUCUGGCUACUAAGGGUACCGGUGUUGUCACUUGUGUUCCAUCUGAUUCCCCAGAUGAUUACAUCACUACAAAGGAUUUACAAAACAAACCAGAAUACUACGGUAUUCAAAAGGAAUGGGUUAAUGAACCAGUUCCUUUAAUUCGUACUGAGAAAUAUGGUGAUAUGUGUGCUGAAUACUUGUGUAAUGAAUUGAAAAUUCAAUCACCUAAAGAUGCCUUACAGUUAGCUAAAGCUAAAGAAGCUGCUUACAAAGAAGGUUACUAUAACGGUACUUUAAUCUAUGGUCCUUACACUGGUGAAAAAGUUGAGGUUGCUAAACCAAAAGUUAAAGCUGAUUUAAUUGCUGCUGGUCAAGCUUUCUCCUACAAUGAACCAGAAGCUCCAGUUGUUUCACGUUCAGGUGAUAGCUGUAUUGUUUCCCUAGAAGAUCAAUGGUAUGUUGAUUAUGGUGAAGAAUCAUGGAAAGCUGACGCAUUAGAAGCUUUACAUGACAUGAACACAUUCACCACUGAAACUCAAAAUGCUUUUGAAGGUGUUUUAGAUUGGUUAAAGAACUGGGCGGUUUGUCGUACUUAUGGUUUAGGUACUAAAUUACCAUGGGAUGAAAAAUACCUUGUUGAAUCAUUAUCUGACUCUACCAUUUACCAAUCGUUUUAUACCAUUUCACAUUUAUUGCAUAAGGAUUUCUAUGGUAGAGAAGAGGGUGAGCUUGGUAUCAAAGCUGAACAAAUGACCAGUGAUGUCUUUGAUUACAUCUUUUUACGUAAAGAAGACAUCAAAACUGAUAUUCCAAUUGAGCACUUACAACGUUUAAGAAGAGAAUUUGAAUAUUUCUAUCCAUUAGAUGUUAGUGUUUCUGGUAAAGAUUUAAUUCCAAACCAUUUGACCUUUUUCAUUUAUUGUCAUACUGCUCUUUUCCCAAAGAGAUACUGGCCACAAGGUAUUCGUGCUAAUGGUCAUUUGUUAUUAAACAACAACAAGAUGUCUAAAUCAACUGGUAACUUCAUGACUUUGGAACAAAUUGUUGAAAAAUUCGGUGCCGAUGCCUCUCGUAUCGCUUUAGCUGAUGCUGGUGAUACCGUUGAAGAUGCCAAUUUUGAAGAAUCAAGUGCUAAUGCUGCAAUUUUGAGAUUGACUACUUUGAAAGAAUGGUCUGAAGAUGCUAUCAAGAGAGUUGAUACUUUUAGAACUGGUGAAUUUGACUUCUUUGAUAUUGCGUUUGAAAAUGAAUUGAAUGAAUUGAUUGAAGAAACUUACAAACAAUACGAUGAAAGUAAUUACAAAGCUGCUUUGAAAACAGGUUUAUUUGAUUACCAAACUGCUCGUGAUUACUACCGUGAAAGUUGUGAAGUUAUGCAUCGUGAUUUAGUUUUACGUUACAUUGAAACUCAAAUUUUGUUAUUAACUCCAAUUGUUCCACAUUUUGCUGAAUAUAUUUACCGUGAAGUUUUAGGUAAAAACACAACUGUUCAAGAUGCUAAAUUCCCAAGAGCUACCAAACCAGUUGAUUUAUCAAUUUCUGAAGGUUUAGAGUACAUUCGUUACUUGACUCGUUCAAUUCGUGAAACUGAAGGUGCUCUGAUGAAGAAAAAGAAAGGUAAACCAUCCGAACUUGAUUCUUCAAAACCAGUUAAGUUAACCAUCUUUGUUUCUGAAUCAUUCCCAGAAUGGCAAAAUAAUUAUAUUGAAUUGGUUCGUGAACUGUUUGAAAAACAAUCAUUAAAUGAUAACAAUGUUAUCAAGCAAAAGGUUGGUAAAGAUAUGAAACGUGCUAUGCCAUUCAUCAGUAACUUGAAACAACGUUUAACCAAAGAAUCACCAUCUGUUGUUUUCAACAGAGAAUUGAAUUUCAGUGAAGUUGAAACCAUUAAGAAUGCUCUUGACAAUAUCAAACGUGCUUCAUCAAUUGUUAAAACUAAAGAAGUUCAAGUUGUUUCAUUCAAAAACGGUGCCAGUAAAGGUAAAGAUGUUUUAACUGGUGAAGAAGUUCCAAUCUUGAUCACUGGUAAAAUCAUCGAUAGUGCUGUUCCAGGUCAACCAGGUCUUCUGAUGACAAACAUUGAUUAG